CAGGGUGAGGGGCAGAGGAGCCAGGAGGAAGGGGGUCGGGGUCCCCAGUCCUAGGACUGCUCUCCGGGACCAGAACUCUUCUCAAAGCCCCUAGGGCCCCCGCUCAGCCAAAGCCAGGCCUUCCCUGCCAUGCGACCUGUAGGUGUCUGGCAGUGGAGCCCAUGGGGGCUGCUGCUGUGCCUGCUGUGCAGCUCCGGCUGGGGGUCUCCGUCCCCUUCUGCGAGCCCUGAGAAGAGGCCUGGAAGCGAGGGGCUGCGGUUCCGGCUGGCUGGCUACCCUAGGAAGCCCUCGGAGGGCCGCGUGGAGAUACAGCGAGCUGGCGAGUGGGGCACCAUCUGCGAUGACGACUUCACGCUGCAAGCUGCCCACGUCCUGUGCCGGGAGCUGGGCUUCACGGAGGCCACAGGCUGGACGCAUAGUGCCAAAUACGGCCCUGGGACAGGCCGCAUCUGGCUGGACAACCUGAGCUGCAGUGGGACUGAGCAGAGCGUGACGGAGUGUGCCUCCCGGGGCUGGGGGAACAGUGACUGCACCCACGACGAGGACGCUGGCGUCAUCUGCAAGGACCAGCGCCUUCCCGGCUUCUCAGACUCCAACGUCAUCGAGGUGGAGCAUCAGCUGCAGGUGGAGGAGGUGCGGCUCCGCCCGGCUGUGGGCUGGGGCCGGCGGCCCCUGCCGGUGACUGAGGGCCUGGUGGAAGUGCGGCUCCCUGACGGCUGGUCUCAAGUGUGCGACAAAGGAUGGAGCGCGCACAACAGCCACGUGGUCUGCGGGAUGCUGGGCUUCCCCAGCGAAAAGAGGGUCAACGCGGCCUUCUACAGAAAGUUGAGGAAGCGAGCAGCCAAAGGCUCAGCCCGACGCCCCAAGCCCCUUGGAAGACCAAUCUCCAAACUUAAAGUCAAACCCAAACUCCGAGUGGGCAGGGGGCCAACCAAGAGGCUGCUGGCCCAGAGGCAGCAACACUCCUUUGGUCUGCAUGGGGUGGCAUGCUUGGGCACGGAGGCCCACCUCUCCCUCUGUGCCCUGGAGUUCUAUCGUGCCAAUGACACUGCCAGGUGCCCUGGGGGGGCCCCUGCGGUGGUGAGCUGCGUGCCUGGCCCUCUCUACACAGCGUCCAGCAGCCAGAAGAAGCAACAGCAGUCGAAGACUCAGGGGGAGGCCCGCGUGCGUCUCAAGGGCGGGGCCCACCCUGGAGAGGGCAGAGUGGAAGUGCUGAAGGCUGGCACAUGGGGCACAGUGUGUGACCGCAAGUGGGACCUGCAGGCGGCCAGCGUGGUGUGUCGGGAGCUGGGCUUCGGGAGUGCUCGAGAGGCUCUGAGUGGUGCCCGCAUGGGGCAGGGAAUGGGCGCCAUCCACUUAAGUGAAGUUCGGUGCUCUGGACAGGAGCCCUCCCUCUGGAAGUGCUCCCACAAGAACAUCACAGCUGAGGACUGCUCCCACAGCCAGGAUGCUGGGGUCCGGUGCAACCUGCCCUACACUGGAGUGGAGACCAAGAUACGACUCAGUGGGGGCCGCAGCCGACACGAGGGGCGCGUGGAAGUGCAAAUAGGGGGAUCUGGGCCCCCCCGCUGGGGCCUCAUCUGUGGGGAUGACUGGGGGACGCUGGAAGCCAUGGUGGUCUGCAGGCAACUCGGCUUGGGCUAUGCCAACCAUGGCCUGCAGGAAACCUGGUACUGGGACUCAGGGAACAUAACAGAGGUGGUGAUGAGUGGAGUGCGCUGCACGGGGACGGAGCUGUCCCUGGACCAGUGUGCCCAUCACAGCACCCAUAUCAGCUGCAAGAGGCCAGGGACUCGCUUCACUGCUGGAGUCAUCUGUUCUGAGACCGCAUCUGACCUGCUGCUGCACUCGGCGCUGGUGCAGGAGACGGCCUACAUCGAGGACCGGCCCCUGCACAUGCUCUACUGUGCUGCCGAAGAGAACUGCCUGGCCAGCUCGGCCCGCUCUGCCAACUGGCCCUACGGCCACCGGCGCCUGCUGCGGUUCUCCUCCCAAAUCCACAACCUGGGGCGAGCCGACUUCAGGCCCAAGGCCGGGCGCCACUCCUGGGUGUGGCACGAGUGCCACGGGCAUUACCACAGUAUGGACAUCUUCACACACUACGACAUCCUGACCCCCAACGGCACCAAGGUGGCUGAGGGCCACAAAGCCAGUUUCUGUCUAGAAGACACCGAGUGUCAGGAGGACGUCUCCAAGAGGUACGAGUGUGCCAACUUUGGAGAGCAAGGCAUCACGGUGGGCUGCUGGGAUCUCUACAGGCAUGACAUCGACUGCCAGUGGAUCGACAUCACAGAUGUGAAGCCAGGGAACUACAUUCUCCAGGUGGUCAUCAACCCAAACUUUGAAGUAGCAGAGAGUGACUUCACCAACAACGCGAUGAAAUGCAACUGCAAAUAUGAUGGGCAUCGCAUCUGGGUGCAUAACUGCCACAUUGGUGAUGCCUUCAGUGAAGAGGCCAAUAGGAGGUUCGAACGCUACCCUGGCCAGACCAGCAACCAGAUUAUCUGAAGUCCCACCUUUGUUCUCUGCAAACCACCACUGGCCCCUAAUGGCAGGGGUAUAAGGCUGCCAUUACCUCAGGAGCUUGCCAAGGAACCCCUGAUGUCAGCAGGCGUGGCCUCAUCCGAUAGUGCACUGUGGACAUGGAACUGACAAGCAGAAGUCAUGGCCUUCUUCCUAAGCCAGCUGUCAGUAGCUGUGGCCGCGCACAAGGAACCUCUGCUCCCUGCCCAGCACUGGGCAGAGUGCGCCACAAAGAACAGCACCUGACUGCCCAGAACGACAAUGGAUGGCAGCAGCUCACUUUCUGGAACAGGGAGGUCAGGCUGGUCAGCUCCAGGAGCUCCCCUGCAUUCAAGGGGACACAGCUUUACCUCUAGCCUUUUGGGUGGGGGAAAAGAUCCAGCCCCCCUCAAUUUUGACUAUAACAUGUUUCUAGGUAUAAUUUUAUUUUAUAUAAAAA